GGAAGUAAAUUAUUAAAGUUUUUACUUAUUGAUCCGUUAUUUAUAGUAGAUAAAACUACUACAAAUAAUAAUCUGAUGGACGACAUUAUCUAUGAGAGAGAGAAUAAUCAGGCAGGACCAGCAACCAUUACUUGUCCAAAGGUACAGCGUCUACGAGAGCUUUUUAGAGGUCGCUUUGCCUAUGAAGAAGCAGAGAGACUUAUAAACCACCACAAUGGUGAUCUCCUAGCUACUGUUAAUUUUGCGCUAACAGCUGAUUUACCAACCAUAAGAAAUAUAAGCAGAUCUGAUGACGAAGGGUGGCAAAUUGUGAGAAACAACAGAGCAUGGCGAGAACUUGCACUUCAAGGCCAGUUGACGCAUGAAGAACGUCAGUACGCAUGCGGACCAUGUGAUAAUGUUUGGUGGCGAAAAGUACCAGCUAGGAAGAGGGUAUCAAAAUGUAAACGGUGUAAUGUUCGAUACGACGCCAUACCUCGUCACAGGGAGUGGGGAUGGGCAGAAUUUGCCUGCAAUAACGUCAAUUGUGGGCAUGUCUUUAGAGGAUUUGGUCAAAUGGAAAACACAUGGAGUCCCUGUUUCCGCUGUAGAACACCAUGCUUACCCGUGAAAAUUUUCCCAAGAAAAAAACGGGGAGAUUCAGAAAGAGGUCCAAGAAGAGCUCGGGAUGAACAUUCUUGUUUCAGUCAUAACUGCUUUAGAAGAGCAACUGGACCUCAAUUAGGAGGGAUUUGUGUCCAUCCAAGGUCAUUACGCAGAGGAGAAAGAGCUGUAUUCCCUAGUCAUAGUCACAAUAGUACAGGCUCGACCAUCGACACAUUCCUCACACAGGACGAUUUGUUCUCUCGGAUGUCGGACUUUGGACCCGAUGUUUCCGAUAUUGAUGAAGACGAUGAUAGCCAAGAUGGUGGUAUAUGACAAUAUAUAAAAUUACAUUGAGCUGUAAAUGAAAUAUUGUUGCACAUUAAUUUGAAUGGAGAAUUUGCAAUUUUAGACAUUAAAUCUACUUUCUGAAAGCGGUAUAAAGGAAUGUUGUAAAAGAAAAUAGCCUGGACCCAGCUUAUCCAACAUCUUGCAUCAUAAUUAAGACAUAAUUACAUAUAGGAAUAUACUAAAAUGAGGACUCGAGACAAUGAAAUAAAAAUUUAUCAACGCACUA